GGUCACGUUUUAACAUUGAAUGAGUCAAGAGUUCUAAGCUAGGACGCUUAAAAAAGUUGUCAUCCACGUCACUUGUAAGUGCGUACAUUCUUUCCCAGCUACUUUGCCAAAAGUACUUGAAGAACAUUAACUUUUUGUAUUGGUUAUCGGAAGAGAAAGUUUGGAAGACAAAGAAGAUAUGAAGCUUUCGGUUCGUGUUAGAGGAGAAUGGUUUGCUGUGCCUUGCAGAGAUGGGAAGAGCACCAUACAGUGGCUAGGAGAGGAAGCUUUAAGGCGGUACCUGAAGUUGAAACAAACAAGUAGUCAGGUGAACGGAAGGCAAGAAGAAAUAUACGAAAUUCGCAAGACAAAAGGGGGCGCUAUCUUGGAUCAGGACGACAAGAUUUGUAACGUUCUGGAUGACAAUGACUUCGUUUCUGUUGUUCUAAAGACGGACCGAGCCAAUCCAGGGAUAAGACCGCAAGAAAUAUCCUAUGUUCCAGAACAAAUUCCUGGAAGAUUUGAAACACUAAAUGAAGUCCUUCUUUUGAAUGGUUAUAACCUAGGACCCGAUGACCUACUACGUCUUGGAAAGGGAUUUUACAAGAUUCAGCUUUCAAAGGAGGCCGAAGACAGAGUAAUCCGAUCACGUCAACUUGUAGAAACAGUUCUGAAAGAAAAUAAAGUGGCGUAUGGUGUAAACACAGGAUUCGGAAAAUUUGCCACUAAGAUCAUUAGUGACGAUAAGCUUGUGGAGCUUCAAGAAAACCUUGUCCGUUCACAUGCUGCAGGAGUUGGACAUCCUCUUACUCCAGAAAGAACUCGGAUGCUGCUCGCUCUUAGAAUUAAUGUCCUGGCUAAAGGUUACAGUGGAAUUUCUCUUGAAACGUUACAGCAGUUAGUAGAUGCAUUCAAUGCGUCCUGUUUGUCAUGGGUACCAGAAAAAGGAACUGUUGGAGCCAGCGGUGACUUAGCUCCUCUGGCCCAUCUGGCCCUGGGAUUGAUAGGAGAAGGGAAGAUGUGGAGUCCAGAAAGUGGUUGGGGAGAGGCUAAAUAUGUCUUGGAGUCACAUAACCUGAAGCCAAUAUUUCUAAAGCCAAAAGAGGGUAUAGCUUUGCUGAAUGGUACACAGUUAAUUACAUCAAUAGGAGCAGAGGCCGUAGAAAGAGCGAUGAUUAUUGCCCGUCAAGCCGACGUGGUAGCAGCUUUGUCAGUGGAAGUGUUAAAGGGGACCACAAGAGCUUUCGACAAAGAAAUACAAAAGAUUCGACCUCACCGCGGUCAAAUUAUUGUAGCUCGACGACUGAGGGCGCUUUUGCAUUCCAAUACUCAUCCUUCAGAAAUAGCAGAGAGCCAUAGGUUCUGUAAUCGAGUGCAAGACGCAUACACGCUACGGUGCUGCCCUCAAGUGCACGGUAUUGUCAACGACACCAUUGAAUUUGUGCGUCACAUCAUCACCACGGAAAUGAAUAGUGCUACAGACAAUCCUUUGGUAUUUUCUGACCGAGGCGAAAUU